AUGGCUUUCUGUCUCGCCCGUCAGCGGACAAGUGCAGGCUCCCUCUACGCUCGUCAGUGGGCAGCACACACUCAGCGCGUCGCCGGCAGCGCACCUCUCCUCAGGCGCAACCUCUUCAGCUUUCUCAGACGCGAGCAGCCGCACAAAAAGCCCCAGCCGAUCCUGAGCGAGGAUGACCUCUUUCACCCGUUUUCUAAAUCCCCGUUUCCGGCCUUGAAAGGGCGCGGAGAGGCGAUACAGUCGCUGGCAUCCUGCCCUGUCUGCCCGACCUCGCACACGCAUUCGGAGGGAGAACACGCGCAUGUCAAGGUGCAGCCCAAGUCAGUCGCAUUCGAGUGCCCAGACUGCGGCUUUCCGACACACUGCUCGGAGGAACACUGGGAGGCGGACGAGGAGCAUGCUAAAUACUGUUCAAGGCUGCGGGAGGUCAAUGAGGACGAGCACGACCUGAGAAGCGGGCGCGAGAUGCACGAGUUCAAGCUGCCAGGACCGCAGGGGUAUGAGGAAGCAGUCUCGUUCUCAAACUGGGAUGUCUUUUGGUACACGCGUGGUUUUCCAUCCAUGGACACUGAACGCGCCCGGAGGCACGCCAGCAAGCUGCUUACCUACCCUCUUACUAUCGGCUCUGUCCUGCACCAGAACAGCUCGCUCACGCUCAACAACCAGCGCGUAACCUCGGAGGGCAGCCGAUCUUUAGCUGCGCUUCGGUCGACUUUGCACGUACCGCCAGGCGCACCCGACACCGAGGAAGCUGGUGUGUCAAAACCUCAGAUUCGGAUUUUCUGCCUUGGGGCCAGGGCCGAGUCCUCUUUGCCGCCGAACGCAUGGGAACAACUUACGAUGUUGUUCCCGUCAUGUCACUUCCACCUCUUCUUCAUUGGCCCGCAGGUAUCAUUACCAAAACCCCCUGGUAGCACAACGCCCGGGUCUUCCUCUCAGAGUGGCUCAACAUCUGGAUCCUCGACUCAAGAGAGCGCGUCGGCUUCGAGUUCGUCGGAGCCAGCGUCCUCGACUGCCGAGACCACUUCAGAGGUCACGGACACCAAGACAGAAGAGGCUACGAAGCAGGCAUAUGUACCCAAUAUUUACGAACCUCCAACGCCGGCGCCAAUCGCGCGUCUGAAACGCACGCGCUCAUCCCUGGAGCUAUAUGGUGUCCCCUCCUACACUGUCCCUUUCACGCCCCAGCUCACCAUCACGGGCAUGCAAGCCAACUACGCCGACGUGCACGCCCAGUUCGAGGGCACCUUCGACCCGUACUGCGACGUCUUCUUCCUCUUCUCGCCCGGCUUCGGCUUCCCCUCGCCCGAGUCCAAAUCCGAGCUCGACAGCCAGCCUCUGCUGCAGAUCGCGUCGCCGACCGAAUGGGGCCCCGUCAUCCCCGCGCUGCUGCAGACGCGCUGCCCGAUCUUCAUGACCGGGUUCUCGCCCGCGGACCUGGAGCGCGACGUGCGGUCGAUCGAGACGGCGCCGGAGGUCGCGGGCGAGUUCGACUGGCUGGUCACGCCGGGGCAGAACCCGUUCGGGAGCGAGAAGUGGGAGGCGGCGGACUUUGACCCGCGCGUGAUGAUCCGGACGAACUGGGGCGUGUGGGGCAUCCGCGGCAAGGGCAGGGAAGUGCGCGACUCGAGGAUGUUCAGCGGGCUUGGUCUGUUUUGAUUUGUUCUUUCCCGCUGCCUUUUUAAAGUGGUCGGUGAGAAUGUUGAUGUGACGAUGUUAACUGCAUAAUAGGGGUUUUUAUAGAGAUUUAAUACAUACAGCCCGCUCACUCAGAAAUUCAGAGGUACUCUGGCGAGUCCGACUCGGAGGUUUAUGAGCUCAAGCGCAUCUGCUCACAUGGUGACCGUUCUCAUGGAUUCUGUUGCGUCGAUGAGUUGCCUUUGUCAUAUUCCUUGGCCGGAAAAACUGCUCUAAGCCGGUCGUUCAACAUUUAACGCCAGCAACGCCUCUCGGACCGGGCUGCGAACCUGCCACUAUGAAAUGCAAUACAAACGUCCUGUUCUGGUCUGGC